CAUAAACCCUUAAAAAAGGGCAUAAACCCUCCACUAUUUGGACUGAAAAUGAUUGGGUCCUUAACUAUUACAUCUUCCAGAACCCUAUUUAAUUCAUCAUCUUCCUUCAUCAGCUGCAUUAAUAAAUCUUCUUCUUUCACUAAUCGUCUGCAAAUUCGAUCAAUGGCUGACUCUGCUUUCAAGAAAAUCCAGAUUCAGCGAGAGAACACUAGCUUUGAUGCAUAUGUUGUUGGAAAAGACGAUGCUCCCGGGAUUGUUGUGCUUCAAGAAUGGUGGGGUGUAGAUUAUGAAGUUAAAAACCAUGCUGUAAAGAUUUCUCAGCUGGAGCCUGGUUUUAAAGCACUUAUUCCAGACUUGUAUCGUGGAAAGGUGGGUUUAGAUGCUGCUGAGGCUCAGCACUUGAUGGAAGGUCUGGAUUGGGCAGGUGCUGUUAAGGAUAUUGAAGCUUCAGUCAACUGGCUUAAGGCUAAUGGUUCACAAAAGGUUGGAGUAACUGGAUACUGUAUGGGAGGCGCGCUUUCGAUUGCAAGUGCUGUCUUAGUUCCUGGAAUUGAUGCUGUCGUUGGCUUCUAUGGGACUCCUUCACCAGAGCUUGCUGAUUCUUCCCAGGCUAAAGCUCCGGUCCAGGCUCAUUUUGGGGAAUCCGAUAACAUUGCUGGGUUUUCAGAUGUGGCAGCUGCCAAAAAUUUGGAGGAAAAGUUGAAGUUAUCUAGUGUGCCACAUGAGGUAUACAUCUAUCCAGGAAGUGGACAUGCUUUCAUGAACAUGUCUCCAGAAGGAAUCGAGAGGAGGAAGGCCAUGGGAAUGAAUGAUGUAAAUGAAGCUAACGUUCAGCUUGCAUGGUCUCGUUUCCAGUCGUGGAUGGCUAGUUACUUAUCUUAAGCAAAUCGGCCUCCCUUAUUACUACUGCCUUUUGAGACUUGCCUUAUGUGCCAACUCUUCAAAAUAAUGUGUAUGUAUCCUGUGAGUGUGGCUGUUAUGUUGGAUCAAAAUAACAGAUAGUAUGUAUCUUGUGGGUGCUACUGCAAAUUUUUAGCUAAGCCUGGUAUAGUGGUAUUACCUCUUUCAAUGUAUGCUCCGGCACGUGCGUACACACGCCGCAUGUAAGCCGCACGAUUAGGGUAUGUGUCACACAGCUUUCGGACGUCUGAUAAUGAGGAAAGUAGAUGUUUUUAUGCUCUCA